AUGGGUUCCAAGAAAGUUAAAGUCAAUGAAGUACCAAAAUUAAGUGUAAAGGAAAAGGUCAUCGAAGAGAAAUCGUCUUCUUCCUCAUCCUCGUCCUCAUCCUCGUCCUCAUCCUCUUCCUCAUCCUCCAGUUCCAGCGACGAAUCUUCAAGCAGCGGCAGCAGUGACUCUGAAUCAAGCUCGUCUUCUUCAUCUUCUUCAUCUAGCUCAAGCUCCAGCGACACCGACUCUUCCAGUGGGUCCGACUCUAGCUCCAGCGAAUCUUCUAGCUCUAGCUCUAGCUCCAGCGAAUCUUCUUCCUCUAGCUCUAGCUCCGGCUCCAGUUCCAGCUCAAGUUCCAGUUCUAGUUCCAGCGAGUCUUCCUCCGAAUCUGAAGAUGAAACAAAGAAGAGGCCAAGGGAAUCUGAUAACGAGGAUGCUAAGGAGACUAAAAAGGCAAAGACUGAAACAGAAUCAUCCUCCUCAUCUGGUUCAAGCUCUAGCUCCAGCGAUUCUUCAUCGGACUCUAGCUCCAGCUCUAGCUCCAGCGAUUCUUCAUCGGACUCUAGCUCCAGCUCUAGCUCCAGCGAUUCUUCAUCUGACUCUAGCUCCAGCUCUGGCUCCAGCGACUCUUCAUCUGACUCAGAAUCCAGCUCGAGUUCUAGCGAUUCUUCAUCUGGUUCCGACUCAGACUCUUCAAGUUCCUCUUCUUCCGAUACCUCAAGUUCUAGCUCGGAUUCGGACUCUAGCUCCAGCGAAUCUUCUAGCUCUAGCUCUAGCUCCAGUGAUUCCUCAUCGGAUUCGGACUCUGAAACCGAAAAAAGAGAAGCAUCCGGAAACGGGGAAUCCAAGGCAGAAGAAACUCCUGCCUCUUCUAAUGAGCCCACUCCAUCCACUUCCGAUCCGUCCAGUAUUAAGCUGAGCAUUUCAGCCGGAACCGAUGAAAUGAAGGAAGGCCAAAGAAACCACUUUUCCAGAGUGGAGAGGUCCAAGAUCAACUUCGAAGCUUGGGAAUUAACGGACAAUACUUAUAAAGGUGCUGCUGGAACAUGGGGUGAAACGGCAAACGAAAGGUUGGGCAGAGUGAGGGGUAAGGAUUUCACUAAAAACAAAAAUAAAAUGAAGAGAGGUUCUUAUAGAGGCGGUUCCAUCACUUUGGAAAGUGGAUCGUACAAAUUCCAAGAUUAG